AUGAUGCUUCUGGUUCUCCUCGCCGUCGCAGUCCUUCUCAUAUCACCCUCCUCUUGUAGUCCUGAGGCUUUUUUUCAUCAGUAUUACAAGCGACAAGCUCCUCCUGAUCAGUUCACUGGAAAGCCUUCCGCUCCAACAUUGCAAUGGUUUCCAUGCUAUCCUGAUACUUUCCCCCAACCUGAAUGUGCCAGGCUCGAGGUUCCAUAUGACUACUCCAAGCCUGUUCCAGGCGAUAUCUUCAAGCUAGCAAUUGUCAAGUUCCCGGCCGACCGAACUGUUCCUUACAAAGGCAUCCAGUUCCUAAGUUUCCUCAACCCACCGUUCGUGGAAAACAUUGCCAGCUUUCCCUUUCCCUUCACUCAAGGUCUCCUAGCUGGAUACGAUCUGAUUUCCUGGGAUCCACGUGCCGUUGGUCAUACUGAGCCAGGAUUGAAAUGCUUUGCAGAUGAUACUGCUCAAGCAGCUUACGCAGACUUCCUCUUCAGUGAUCAGUUCACGCCGUAUGGAGGGUUCAAUGGCACUUUUCCGGCCACGGACAAGAAUAUCAAGGCGAACAUCAAGUCUGUGACAGACACGUUCAAGAAGUUGAGUGAUGGUUGUGUGACGUACUCUUCGAACAUUCUUCCGUACAUGGGAACUGCAGACAAUGCACGAGAUCUCCAUAAAAUAGUCUCCCUUCUACCCGCUGGCCAGAAAAUCAUGACUUACUACGGUCCAGCAUCCGUUAUAGGUCUCACUUAUGCAGCAAUGUACCCGACCGGCUUUGACAGCAUGACAUUCGACGGCGCCGUCAACGUUGAAGAGCUUUACGCAACCGGAUUGAAUAGCCCUAGCGCAGUCCAAGACGGAGACAAGGCCCUUCAAAUGUUCUUUGACAGCUGCGUAGCUGCCGGCCCCAAUACCUGCGAUCCCACUACAAACUUCCUCUUCUGUCCUUCCAACGGAUGUUACUUCUGGAGGCCCACGGAAAAGGAAGUGAAGGCACGAUACGAAGCUCUGAAGGCAAAAUUCUACUAUAAGCCGUUCAAAUCAGUGCCUCCAAACCCCAUUUGCGGAGACUGCACAUUGACAUACUCGGCAAUAUCUCACUACCUAGCGAGCGCGCUCGAUUUACCGGCCUUAUUCCAAGAUCUCGUUGCCCGUGUCUCGAAAGCACUGCUGGAGAUUGAAACCGGUUCAGCAUUUCCUAUUGGAGAAGUGGAAUUCUUUUCUGAUGCAUUUCCACACGAAGUGGUUGCUUAUGAUAGGAUCUUGCCCUGCCUGGACGCGAAGAGCGUGAUUCGGAGUACGGACGGAUUGGUGGAUCAUAUGAAGCUGAUGAACAAGACUAGCAGUCAGAAUGGUUUGGCCGUUGCUGCACAAGAGGCAAUGUGUAGCACAUUCCCAAGGAACGUCAACCUCAAGCACCGCUUCACGGGAGAUUUCACCACAAAGAAGCAUAACGCCAUGGUUUUCAUUUCCAAUACCGCAGAUCCAGAGGAGUCACGCGCAAACGCAAGAGCCAUCGCCUCCCGCUUUGCCAACGCCCGCUUCAUCACAGUCAAUGAAUUCGGGAUGACCUCCUUCUUCUCUGGAUUUUCGGCUUGUAAGCAAACUCUUCUUGAUAAUUGGAGGACUACUGGUGUGUUACCGCCUCGGAAUAGUGUUUGUAAUGAUGUCGUCGCUGGACCUUUCAAUGGAGGGUAUCCUUGAUUCUUCAUGGCCUCUUUGUUACUCGCGUCUGCGAUGUGCCAGCUCAGUCAUAUGGAAGACCGUUAUUCCCGAUAUCGCUCGGAAACCACGGAAGUCAAAUGUUCUUUCUUCCCCUUCAAUACAAGAGCAGUCGACCUUCCAAGGCUGUAAAGAAGUCAUCGGAUGCAUCCUCCCUGGUAGUCACGUGAUG